AUGUCAGAACUACGAUAUGAUGGACAGGUGGUGGUCGUAACAGGUGCAGGCGGUGGCUUAGGGAAACAAUAUGCUUUAUUCUUCGCUUCUCGAGGAGCAAGUGUUGUUGUCAACGACCUGGGAGGUGGUUUGAAGGGAGGAGGAAACUCCUCAAGGAAGACAGCAGAUAUUGUUGUUGACGAGAUCAAAGCCGCAGGCGGAAAGGCUGUAGCCAACUACGACAGCGUCACCAACGGCGACAAGAUCAUCGAAACCGCCAUCCAGAACUAUGGCCGUAUCGAUAUCCUCCUCAAUAAUGCUGGUAUCCUACGGGAUGUCAGCUUUAAGAACAUGAAAGACCAGGACUGGGAUCUAAUUAUGGAUGUCCAUGUCAAAGGAUCAUACAAGUGUGCUAGAGCUGCAUGGCCUCAUUUCAGAAAGCAGAAGUUUGGAAGAGUUGUCAACACUGCUUCUGCUGCUGGUUUGUUUGGAAGCUUUGGACAGGCCAAUUACUCGGCGGCUAAGUUGGCUAUGGUUGGUUUCACUGAGACCUUGGCAAAGGAGGGAGCAAAGUAUAACAUCCAUGCCAAUGUUAUUGCCCCCAUUGCUGCCAGCAGAAUGACAGAAACCGUCAUGCCACCCGACAUUCUCGCAGCCCUCAAGCCUGACUGGAUCGUCCCACUAGUUGCGGUUCUCGUACACAAGGACUCCGAGGAGAAUGGGGCCAUCUUUGAAGCCGGAGGUGGACACAUUGCUAAGCUUAGAUGGGAGCGUUCUAGUGGUCUCCUUCUAAAGGCGGAUGAUUCAUAUACCCCAGGUGCUAUCUUGAAGAAGUGGGAUUCAGUCAGCGACUUCAAAACCCCAGAAUAUCCGACUGGUGUUGCUGAUUUCAUGGGAUUGCUUGAGAAAUCUAUGGAGAUGGGCCCAAAUGACAAAGGCGAGACUCUUGAUUUCACGGGCAAGGUGGCUUUGGUCACAGGGGGUGGCGCGGGUAUUGGCCGUGUCUACUGCUUGGCAUUUGCCAAAUACGGCGCUUCAGUUGUCGUUAAUGAUCUUAUGAACCCAGAUGAUGUAGUCCAAGAAAUCCAAAAGGCUGGCGGCAAAGCUGUUGGUGUCAAGGCAUCUGCUGAGGAUGGAGACGCAGUUGUCAAGGCUGCAAUUGAUGCAUAUGGACGAAUCGACAUUAUCGUCAAUAACGCCGGUAUACUCCGAGAUAAGGCUUUCAGCAACAUGGACGACAAGCAGUGGGACCAAGUCCUCUCUGUUCACUUGAGAGGUACAUACAAGAUCACCAAGGCAGCGUGGCCAUAUUUCCUCAAGCAGAAGUACGGACGUAUCGUAAACACUACAUCAACUAGUGGCAUUUAUGGUAACUUCGGUCAAGCCAAUUAUGCUGCAGCUAAAUGCGGUAUCCUUGGGUUCUCCCGAGCUAUUGCACGUGAGGGUGCGAAGUAUAACAUUUAUGUCAACACCAUCGCACCUAACGCUGGUACCGCCAUGACAAGAACUAUUAUGCCCGAAGAAAUGGUACAAGCAUUCAAGCCCGACUACAUAGCGCCUUUGGUCGUCGCAUUGUCUUCUGACAAAGUCCCCAAACCAGCAACUGGCGGACUCUUCGAAGUCGGUAGUGGAUGGGUUGGACAAACAAGGUGGCAACGAUCUGGCGGCCACGGAUUCCCGGUCGAUGUAAAACUGACUCCCGAGGAAGUUGCGAAGAACUGGAAGCGUAUCACCAACUUUGAUGAUGGACGAGCAGAUCAUCCUGAAGAUCCCCAGGAGGGAUUGAAGAGCAUCAUGGCGAACAUACAAAAUAAGGCGGGUGAUGCGAGCAAGAAAAGUGAUGGCGGCGAAGUGAAUGAAGAAAUUUUGGCCAACAUCGAGAAAGCCAAGAAAGUAGAAGCAAAAGGCACGGAAUACAAAUACGAAGAGAGAGAUGCUAUUCUCUACAACUUGGGAAUUGGAGCCAAGAAAACGGAUUUGCCUUACGUCUUCGAGGGAGAUGAAAACUUCCAAGCCCUCCCUACCUUCGGGGUCAUCCCCCAAUUCUCCGCCGAAACCCCCUACAGCAUCGACGAAGUCGUGCCAAACUUCUCUCCCAUGACCCUCCUGCAUGGCGAACAAUAUCUUGAAAUACUCUCCUACCCGAUCCCCACAUCCGGGACCCUCGUCUCAUACCCCAAGCUCCUAGAAGUGGUCGACAAGGGUUCAGCCGCAGUACUAAAAUCAGGCGUCACAACGAUCAACAAAGCAAACGGCAAGCCUGUAUUCUACAACGAAAGCACGGUUUUCCUUCGCGGCUCAGGCGGAUUCGGAGGCGUCAAGAAGCCACUUGACAGAGGUGCUAGCACCGCAUCCAACACCCCGCCCAAACGCGCGCCAGACGUCGUAGUAGAAGAAAAGACUACACCCGAACAAGCAGUCCUGUACCGACUAUCCGGCGACUACAACCCCCUUCACGUCGAUCCGGCGUUCGCGAAGAUGGGCGGUUUCAAGGUACCGAUCCUGCACGGCCUCUGCUUCUUCGGCAUCGCUGGAAAGGCGGUCUAUCAGCAGUUUGGACAGUUUAAGAAUAUUAAGGUGCGGUUUGCGGGCACGGUGUUGCCGGGCGAGACGCUGGUUACGGAGAUGUGGAAGGUGGAGGGAAAUAAGGUUAUCUUUCAGGUGAAGGUUAAGGAGACGGGGAAGCUGGCUAUCUCAGGAGCGGCGGUUGAGUUGGUUGAUGCGGGGAAUGCGAAGUUGUGA